AUGUAAAUUGACGAAGUAGUAUGGUAAGUGAUAAAUCGAGGACAUUGUUCAUUUAAGAUAAAGUAAGAUAGUAAUGAAUAUGCUUAGAACAAUUUCAUAGAAUUUCUGUAGAAAUGAAUAUAAUGUGACAGGUUUAUGUUCAAAACAAUCAUGUCCAUUAGCAAAUUCAUAAUAUGCCACAAUUAAAGAAGAAAAGGGUUUAUGUUAUCUUUAUGUAAAAACAGCAGAAAGAGCAUAGAAACCAAAAGAAUUGUGGGAGAGAAUACUAUUAUCAAAGAACUAUGAAUAAGUAAGAUAGAAAGAUAGAAAUAUUAGGCAUUGAGUUAAAUAGAUGAAUAGUUAAAAUAUUGGAGUAAUUUUAUGAUACAUAAGAAUAAGUAAAGACUGACAAAGUUGAGAUAGAUGUUGAUAAGGAUAAGGAAGAUGAGAUUGAAGGGAUUGUAAGAAAGAUUAAUAAUAUUAGCAAGGAAUUGAUUCCCAUAAAGAAGAAAGCAGAAAGAAGAGAUAAGAUAAGAGAAUAGAAAGCAUUAGUGGCUGCUAAUUUAGAGAAUGCUAUAGAAUAAGAAUUAAUGGAUAGAUUAAAAAAUGGAGUAUAUAAUGAAAUAAUGAAUUAUAAUUCAAAAGCAUUUGAAAAAGUGGUUGGUUAAAAUUAAGUAGAAGAUGAAGAAGAAGUAAAUAUAGAUUAUUAAUAAUUAAUAGAGAGAAUAAUAAGAAUUGGAAGAGGAAGAAGAAGAUUAUUCAGAUGAAGAAUUGAUAUUUGAUCCAAAUGAUUUAGAAGAAGAUGAUGAUGAUGAAGAAGAUUAGGAUGAAGAUAAUUAAGAAGAUGAUAAAAGACUAUUUAAAAAAUAGACAUUUAAUUAAUUGAGAAGAUAGGGUAGAUAUUUAAUCAUUAUUAUUUUAGAUGAUGAAAUUAAGGAUAUUAAAAAAAAGAAAACAAGGGUUUAAUUGCAAUAUGAAGAAGAGGAAGAAAUAGAAGAUAGAAAAAAAUAAUAAAUUACAUUUUGA